CACUCGCUCAAACGGUGAUUCCUUCCUUCUCCUGCAGAGGGCCACCGCAACACAUCCGGCCGUCCUGUCCCCGGAGGUCGCCGCCGCCGUCUUCGUGGGCGGCCGUACCGGUCACGAUGAACAGCAUCAAGUCGGCUCUCUUCUCCGGCCACCGCUCGCACCCCCUCGCAGCGGCCGCGGCGGUCUCGCAGCAGCAGCUUGGGGGCGCCGCGCCGUUCCACUCGACACCCGUUCUGCAGCGGAAGCGCAAGACCCAGUGGCACAAUAGGUUCAACUAUUAUACGAGACGUAGGAAGAACAGAGAAACUAAAAGGUCAAUGCUACGGAACAUGUCAGAGUAUGCAGAAUAUCUCUUCCAGAGUUGGCGUGAUGAAGAUGAGAAAAAUGAUGCAUCUAGUGGCCCUUCAUGGUUUAGAGGACAUCGUUGGGUCAGGAAUUCAAACAACGGUUUCCGUACACAUGAUUUUUAUUCUGGGAAUUUCAGAAGCAAAGGAGGAUUUGAUUUUUGCACAAGUGAUGAGGAUGAACCAGAGAAUCUGUUUCGUAAUGUUUUCCAAGACCAGCACACAUAUUAUUGGUCUUUUUCAUCUGAUAAUUAUCAGAGGAACUUCAGACGUGCUCGCUCAGAAAAAUCCAGAAACUGGAGUUCUGAAACAGACGAGGAGGAUGAGGUACCAGCUCCAUCAGAGGUAUCUUUGGCACGGCAAACUCUUGGAUUGAGAACUUCUGGUCCGCUAAAACUUGAAGAUGUUAAAAGCGCAUACCGAGCAUGCGCACUUAGAUGGCAUCCAGAUCGCCACAAUGGGUCAUCUAAGGCUGCAGCAGAGGAGAAAUUCAAGCAUUGCAGUGCAGCAUACAAGACCUUAUGUGAUAGUUUUGCUGCUGCAUAGAUAAUAUUGAAUGAAGAUGGACUCUGGAUGAGUCCCUUUCAAACUUUCUAGCUGCAAAUUCUGAAGAGCUGCCAAAUGCUUGUGGUAGCUCCAACCACCCCAAUCCCAAGAGUCACAUUUCUCUUGGCUCUUAGGGGGAUUGAGUAAACUCAAAAUUGACCAGAUAAUACGAGCACUGUACAAUCUUUUCUCAGACAUCAUUGCUGUAUUAUUUAUAGAGAUAGGAAGACAUUGUUCAUACCAGUCAAUAAUUUUCUUGGCUGAGUUACUGUACCAUAAUUUAGGCUUGGAUGUUUUUUGAUGGGUUCGUGUGAUGACUGAUGAUUACAAUCUUACAUUUACAUUACAUUA